AUGUCUCAAGCCCCGGGCGGUAAAAAGGGCGGGAAGGGCCCGCCGAAGAAAGUUCCUGAAGAGGAUAAAAGCACUGCAAAAACAGAGGAGAAAGAUGAGACCUCAUCGAACAAUGGGGAUAAAAAGGAGACCAAAGAUGGAAAUGGUCCAACAGAUGUGCCCAAGCCUCCAAGUGCGGGGGUUAAUAUGCGGGAAGCAGCUGCAAAGAUUCUGGUUUUGGCACAAAAGGGGGAAUGGCCCGCAGUGGAGCAGACACUUAAGGUUCUGGAAAAGUUGGUGGCGGCCGGUGGUGAAGAUAUCGUAUCCGUUCCUAUGGCUGGCAUAAUUGAUCCGACAACUGGCAUGACACCACUCAUGUACGCCGUAAAGGACAAUCGCACAGCUUUUGUAGAGAGACUCAUCGAACUCGGGUCUGACGUCGGAGCCAGAAAUAAUGACAACUACAAUGUUCUUCACAUAUCAGCGAUGUACUCGAGAGAGGACAUCGUCAAACUCUUGCUGUCCAAGAGAGGAGUGGAUCCCUUCGCGACUGGAGGGAGUCGACAACAAACAGCAGUGCAUUUAGUAGCAAGCAGACAAACGGGAACCGCGACCAGCAUACUACGAGCUUUACUUACAGCUGCCGGCAAGGACAUAAGGCUGCGAGUAGAUGGGAGAGGAAAAAUCCCGCUGCUGUUAGCGGUGGAAGCUGGUAACCAGAGCAUGGUCCGGGAGCUGCUCAGUGCGCAAACGGCAGAGCAGCUUAAGGCUUCCACUCCCGCCGGAGACACGGCACUACACUUAGCAGCGCGAAGACGAGAUGUGGACAUGUCACGUAUUCUGAUAGAUUACGGUGCAGCAGUGGAUGCUGUGAACGGUUCUGGUCAAACAGCCUUGCACAUAGCAGCUGCGGAAGGAGACGAAGCACUUGUAAAGUACUUCUACGGGGUCCGAGCUAACGCGGCCAUUGCUGAUAAUGAAGAUCGGACUCCAAUGCACCUGGCAGCUGAGAAUGGCCACGCAGCAAUCAUAGAACUUCUGGCUGAUAAAUUCAAGGCAUCUAUCUUUGAAAGAACAAAAGAUGGUAGCACGUUGAUGCACAUAGCUUCUUUAAACGGUCACGCUGAUUGCGCUAUGAUGCUGUUCAAAAAGGGCGUAUAUCUUCACAUGCCAAAUAAGGACGGUGCUCGAAGUAUCCACACAGCCGCAAGAUAUGGACACGUCGGAAUCAUUAACACUCUACUUCAAAAAGGCGAGAGCGUAGAUGUUACAACUAACGAUAACUACACAGCUCUACACAUAGCAGUUGAGUCGUGCAAACCAGCGGUGGUGGAAACCUUAUUAGGAUACGGUGCUGAUGUCCAUAUUCGAGGUGGAAAACAACGAGAAACCCCUUUGCAUAUCGCUGCUAGAAUUCCUGACGGUGAUAAAUGUGCUCUUAUGCUAUUAAAGUCGGGUGCAGGACCUAAUAAAGCUACUGAAGAUGGAAUGACACCAGUUCAUGUUGCAGCAAAAUAUGGAAAUUUAGCAACUUUGGUGCUCCUAUUAGAAGAUGGUGGAGAUCCUCUAAGAAAAACAAAGACGGGUGAAACACCUCUUCAUAUGGCUUGCCGAAGCUGUAAACCAGAUGUAGUACGGCAUUUAAUAGAGUUUGUAAAAAAACACAAAGGCGAAAAAGUCGCAACAUUAUACAUUGACACCGUUGAUGAAGAUGGAGCAAGCGCAUUACACUUUGCUGGUCAAAUAACAAAAGAAGAAGUAAAAAUACCUUCUGCCGAUAAAGAAGUUGUUAAAUGUCUUAUGCAAAACGGUGCAGAUGUUUCAUUGCAAACCAAACAUAAUCACGAAACAGCUUUUCAUUUUUGUGCGAUUGCGGGUAAUAAUGAUGUUUUGACGGAAAUGAUUACCGAUAUGUCUACCGUUGAUGUAAGUAGAGCACUUAACAAGCAGAACUCAAUUGGAUGGACACCAUUGCUUAUUGCAUGUCAUCGAGGACACAUGGAACUUGUUAAUACUUUACUUACUAACCAUGCGAGGGUAGAUGUCUUCGAUAUUGAAGGAAGAUCUGCAUUACAUCUAGCUGCUGAACAUGGAUAUCUACAAGUAUGUGAUGCUUUACUAACCAAUAAGGCAUUUAUUAAUUCAAAGGCAAGGAAUGGAAGAACUGCUCUUCAUCUUGCAGCCAUGAACGGUUAUGCGCACUUAGUUAAAUUUUUGAUAAGAGAUCAUAACGCAAUGAUAGAUGUUCUUACACUAAAGAAACAAACACCUCUACACUUAGCAGCUGCUAGUGGACAAAUCGAAGUAUGUAGGUUGUUACUUGAACUUGGCGCCAAUAUAGAUGCUACUGAUGAACUAGGUCAAAAACCCAUUCAUGCUGCAGCCCAGAAUAACUAUUCGGAAGUUGUGCAAUUAUUUUUACAACAACAUCCAAACCUGGUAAUGGCUACUACUAAAGACGGAAACACAUGUGCACAUAUAGCAGCUAUACAAGGAUCAGUGAAAGUGAUAGAGGAAUUGAUGAAAUUUGAUAGAAAUGGUGUAAUAUCAGCUAGAAAUAAAUUAAAUGAAUCGACACCUUUACAAUUAGCAGCAGAAGGUGGUCACGCGGAUGUAGUAAGAGUGUUAGUUAGAGCUGGAGCUUCGUGCACAGACGAAAAUAAAUCGGGGCUAACUGCUGUUCAUUUAGCAGCUGAACAUGGGCAUACUAAUGUAUUAGAUGUAAUGCGUUCCACUAAUACUUUAAGGAUAUCAAGUAAAAAAUUAGGAUUAACGCCUUUACAUAUUGCAGCGUAUUAUGGACAAGCCGAAACUGUCCGAGAACUUCUAUCCUAUGUGCCAGGGACUGUAAAGUCUGAACCUCCUACAGGAGUUUCAUUGGUACCUAUAUUAGGUGCCGAAUCAGGUCUCACUCCACUUCAUCUAGCCGCAUACAAUGGCAACGAAAAUGUUGUACGGUUGUUACUUAACUCUGCUGGAGUACAAGUGGAUGCUGCAACAAAUGAAAAUGGAUACAAUCCACUACACUUAGCGUGUUUUGGGGGGCAUAUGUCUAUAGUAGGCUUACUUCUCAGUAGAUCUGCGGAGUUACUUCAAAGUACAGAUAGACAUGGUAAAACGGGCUUACAUAUAGCGUCGACUCAUGGACAUUACCAAAUGGUCGAAGUGUUACUUGGACAAGGAGCCGAAAUAAAUGCGACAGACAAAAAUGGAUGGACACCAUUACAUUGCGCAGCAAAAGCUGGGUAUCUAAACGUAGUAAAAUUAUUAUGCGAAUCAGGAGCAUCUCCAAAAAGUGAAACAAAUUUAAAUUGUGCGCCUAUUUGGUUUGCUGCUUCGGAGAAUCAUAAUGAUGUUUUAGAAUACCUUUUACAUAAGGAACAUGAUACGCAAUCACUAAUGGAUGACAAAAGAUUUAUUUAUAAUUUAAUGGUGUGUUCUAAAAAUCACAACAACAUACCUAUAGAAGAAUUUGUAUUAGUUUCCCCAGCGCCUGUAGAUACGGCAGCAAAACUGUCUAAUUUAUAUAUUAAUUUAUCAACUAAGGAAAAAGAGCGUGCCAAAGACCUCAUUGCUGCUGGAAAACAAUGCGAAGCUAUGGCAACAGAAUUAUUAGCAUUAGCAGCUGGUGCUGAUUCAGCGGGCCAUAUACUUACUGCUACGGAUAAUAGAAAUAUAGAAUUCUUAGAUGUUUUAAUAGAAAACGAACAAAAGGAGGUCAUCGCGCAUACAGUCGUUCAGAGAUAUCUUCAGGAACUCUGGCGCGGGAGUCUCAAAUGGACUGGCAUCAAAAUUAUGUUCCUUUUUUUCGCAUUUAUAAUCUGUCCACCUGUGUGGAUAGUAUUUUCCCUUCCAUUAGGACAUAAAUACAAUAAGAUUCCUAUAAUUAAGUUCAUGUCGUAUCUUACGUCGCAUAUUUACCUUAUGGUAUUAUUAUCAUUAGUGGCAAUCACGCCGAUAUAUAAUUCUAUAUUUAGAGAGAGUUUAGUGCCUAGGUGGUAUGAAUGGAUGUUGUUAGUUUGUCUAAGUGGUCUUUUACUUUUUGAAUUAACUAACCCUAGUGAUAAAUCUGGUCUAGGUUGGAUAAAAAUAGCAGUUUUAUUAUUAGGUAUGGUCGGAGUAGCCACUCACGUUGUUGGGUGGAUUUUUAUAUUACCUAAAUAUUGGCCAACUCUUAUGUACUGUAGAAAUCAAUUUUUUGCCUUGUCAUUUUUGUUAGCCUGUGUCCAAAUCUUAGAUUUUUUAUCCUUCCACCACUUAUUUGGUCCUUGGGCUAUUAUUAUUGGAGAUCUUAUGAAAGAUUUAGGAAGAUUUCUUGCAGUCUUAGCGAUAUUCGUAUUUGGAUUUUCAAUGCAUAUUGUGGCGCUCAACCAGCCAUUUAGAAAUAUAUACAAACCAGAAGACAACAAAUAUGCUAGAACAGCCAGGAAAAAACUUUUCUCAGACGUGACCAUGAAUCCAUUGUACUCCUUCGAGCUGCUAUUCUUUGCGGUGUUCGGGCAGACGACAACGGAUCAGACAAGGGUACACAGUAAGGACAGCACUACGCAGCCGGUUUGGACGAAUUAUUUGUUUAAAAUCGUCUUCGGUAUCUACAUGUUGGUGUCGGUGGUUGUACUGAUUAACCUACUCAUUGCCAUGAUGUCAGACACGUAUCAAAGGAUACAGGCGCAAUCUGAUAUAGAGUGGAAAUACGGAUUGUCGAAAUUGAUUCGUAACAUGCAUCGCACGAACACGGCACCGUCGCCUUUGAACCUCGUAACUACGUGGCUCAUGUGGCUCAUACACAGGUGUAAGGAACGAUUAAGUAAAAAGAAACGACCUAGUCUAGUACACAUGAUUGGGAUGCAGCGACAAGACCAAAUGAGUGCCAGGUCAAAAGCUGGCGCCAAGUGGCUCUCCAAAGUCAAGAGAGGUCAAGUGGUGCCUAAAGAUUCAACUCGUCUGUCUAUUGUCCAUCUCAGCCCUCUAGGCUCACAACUAAGCGUCAGCAACAUGACGAGGAUAGAAAAUGUAGUUGAUUGGGAAACAAUCGCUAAAAAGUAUAGAGCACUGACGAGAGACGAACCAGAAGAAGGAGUCAACAAGGACAGUGAAACGGAGGCGGUCGAUGAUGAAUCAGAAAUCGUUCCUAACAAUAUCGCCGCAGCGCCGCCUUGA